AUGAAAUCUACGACGAUCGCAUCUGCCGCCAUAUUAUAUUUCUCCUUAAUCCAUUGCGUGGUCGCUCAGCUGCCACGCUUGGGCGGUGUCAAUACUCCAGGAUACGAAUUCACUCUAUAUGAAAACGGCACCUUUACCAACAACCCCCACACCCCUCCAGCAGCGCAGUUCCCUCAUUUCUCUGCUGAGGGCGCCAACCUGUAUCGUGUACCCUGGCAACAAAUGACUCCCGUUCUUGGAGGCUCCAUCAACACAUCAUUUCUGGCACAGUACAAUGCGACUGUACAGGCUGCGCUAGAUUCCAGCGCAGAUGCCCACGUAAUUAUUGAUUUGCACAACUAUGCAAGGUGGAAUGGCAAAAUCAUUGCCCAAGGUGGUCCUACCAACACCCAGUUUGCUUCCGUCUGGUCCCAGCUUUCAAAAUUCUAUGGAGCAAAUGAUCGUCUUAUUUUCGGGAUCAUGAACGAACCACAUGACCUGGACAUUGCCGCCUGGGCCACCUCAGUGCAAUACGUCGUCAAUGAUAUACGUGCGGCAGGGGCUACAAACUACCUACUAAUACCCGGCUCGAACUAUACCUCCGCUCAAUACUUCCCGACAUAUUCUGGGCCACAUCUACUCAACCUCACAGACCCUCUUGGAGGCACUGGGCGACUCAUCUUUGACGUGCACAAGUACCUCGACUCGGACAACAGCGGUACUCAUCCCGAUUGUGUCACGAACAACGUGGCCAUUCUGGAGACUCUCGUACAUUGGCUAGAGGCCAGUGGGAACCGUCAAGCCCUUUUGAGUGAGACAGGCGGGGGAAACACGGCCAGCUGCAAAACAUUUCUCGGACAAGAACUCGCCUAUGUCAAUUCGACAUAUCCUACUCUCGUCGGAUAUUCAAUUUGGGCGGCAGGGGCGUUUGAUUCAUCUUAUGUCUUGUCCGUGACACCCUUCCGGAAUGAAACUGAUCAGUCGCUUUGGACCAAUGCUGACAUCAUGACCGUUGCCGUCCUUCGUGUGGUCAUGCGGUGA